AUGAAUAUGAAACUUUGUUUUAUUUUAUCAUUUUUGUUAGGAUUGAUUCGUGCUGGACCAACCUGUAUGCGAUGUACUGAUGCUGCAGAUAUAACAGAUUGUUUUACAAAUUUGGCUGUUUGUGGUGACAAUGAGGAAUGUUAUUUGGAGAAAAGUACAGGAGAAGACCUUAGCAUCAGGUAUAAUUCGGGAUGCCGUUCACAUGCGGUGUGUGAAAUAAUGAGGAUGAUGAGUGGUACUACUGGAAGAAAACGGCUAGUGAAUUGUGCUAAAUGUUGUACAGAUGUACCAGACGAUAACGGUCCAUGCAACGCAAAACUGUGCGAUCUUACCCCUCCGCAAUUGCAAGCCACUUGUGUGGUCUGUAGUGGAGUACACGCUGACGCUCAAUCAUGUACUUCCGUAGCUACCUGUCCUCCAAACGAGGUUUGUUUUACUGGAAUUCGUAUCGUUGGGGCAAAUAUUCGUUAUGUUUUUGGUUGCUAUGAAGAACGUGUCUGUCGUGCUAUGUUAGAUAAUGACAGCAAAAACUCGACCAUUCAUCGAUCUGGUCGAGUUAUUCACGGUGACCAAGGUACACCUAUCUGUGAUUCGUGCUGUAAAGGAAAUAGAUGUAACGCUGCAGACUGUUUUGAACUCAGAAAGAAUAUGACGAUUGGUGACUUUAGCAAUGGUUCUGCAUCUCCAUCUAGAUCAUCCAUUGGUUAAAAAGAAAACCAUGUUUUCAAUGUUUUUAAUAAGGAAUGAAAUAAACACUAGU